AUGGGUCAGCAAAAUUCCAAAUCAUCAACCUUUGUCGAUUUCGAACCCGCCCUCACAUCAGCUCAUCCUCCUACCAGUCCCAGCCAAACUUUCUCGGCAUUUCCAUCAUCUGGUCCCGACCCUUUUCACCACUCUCCACCUCCACAUCGCAUUACUUCUCCGACUCCUCAGCCCUGCUCUCCAGCAUUCUACCAUGCACCGCACUCGGCACCUGUCGUUCCGGUCACCACCAAACCCAAAGGUCUAAUCCGUUCCCUAUCAGCUAAGAGGAGAGGUGAAUCUCGUCGACCCUCUGGAUCCGAAAUUGAACCCGAACUACCGCCUGUGGGAAAUAUCAAAGCGCUCAAAACACUAGGUCAAGUCGAUCUGAAAGCUUCAAUGAGGGAAUUCGAAGAACUAGUCCAAAAAGCUGAAAUUGACGCUGGAAUCAGAGCUCCUUCACCUCCUACACAAGAACAGAUAUCAUCAACUUUCCCUAAACGAUCGCAGAAUAUCAAGAGGGGGUCAAUCCAUCACCAGACUUACGAUAAUUCACCUAUACCUAGGUUAUCAGCUACGCCCGCUUAUCUACGUCCAACGCCUUAUAGGAGAAAUUCGUCAGCAUCUUCAAUUCAUUCUUCGAGAGUAUCAAUCAAAUCUGCUCGCAGAGCGGAAAGAGAAUGGAGAGCGAAAGUUGCAGCAUUAUCUUCUGGUUUAUCGCCUUCAACUUCCACAUCGAUUCCUGGCAAUACCCCUCCGAAAAAUACUAUCAAGAUCAAAGGAGGUCCAGUCCCACCUAAGAGAACACCGAUGUCUACUUCUGCUCAUGCGAUGUCACAGACUAGUAGAAGUACCUCACCAUUGUACACCGAAGAAGAAGGGACGAUCAUCGUCACCCCACCUCGUCCAGCUCCUCAGUCGUUCGGCACUCCCUUAUCCAACAAGUCAUUCGAAACUCUGGGUCAUUAUCCCAACUCUUCGACUGUACUAGAUUCGCCUACUCCUAUAUCGGCUACCGAAUGGGAGGGGAGAUCGCGGAAACCCUCUGUACCUCAUUCGGCAUAUUCAAGUGUUUAUUCAACAUUGAGGGAUGAAGAUGGUAUGGCUAGGCCAAUCUCAUUCGCGAGUGGACAAUGGCUAGCUCCUGUCAAUUCCUCACCGCUGAAGAUUGACAUUACCUCCACCCAAAAUACAGAAGAUGAAGGCGUUUUGCUCUCGGCUAAUUCGGUUUGUGUCAAUGGUACACCUACUCCUGACUCACCACAUAGAGAUAAUCUACCUCCAUUUGAAAGUUUCAAAUCUUCACCUAGAAUGGUAGGUAAUUCCGUACUUCCCACCGUGGAAACUCCAACAAAGAUGAAACAUCAUUCAUUGCCUUCCCCACCACGACCUACAACCCAACCGAAACGUAGACCAUCCUUACAUAUUCCAUCUUUGGAGAUCCCAAAUUCUCCACCUACUUUACCUCCCUUAGCUUUCUCCGCACCUUCCACACCUGGGUUAGUCACUCCUACCAAACCAAUUUUGUCUACACCUACCAGAGGAGUUGAAGAGCCUUCUACUCCUUAUUCACCUAUUACUGCGUAUAUCCUCUCCGCACCAUCACCUUCCAUCGACCAAUUAGCAUUCUCUACUUCUUACGGAGCUUUCGUUCCUUCGCCUAUCAGGAAAACAACUUCGACUUCAGCUGAGGUGAAUGAGGACAGUCCGAAAACACCGGUUAGAAAACAUCCUUUUACGUUCGGUGCUAAACCUUCUCCUGAACCUAUAACGAUAAAUAGGGAGUCCUCAGCCGAUGGCCAAAAUGCGGGAAUGAGUAUAAUCCCAAGAAGGAACCAUGUAAAUCACAACUCAAGUUCCUAUAUUCCAAGAUCGUUGCCUUCGACCAACCAUGCCCAGGUCCAGAAUAAUGCACUUAGACCUAAAAACCAUUUGCAAAAUAUCCCGAUGCCUAUCAAGUCGAAUAUAAUCGGUACAGGUACAGAUUCGAGAUAUGCUAAAGAACCUGGAUUGAGGAGAUUAAGAGGUAAAGUCGAUUUAACACCUGGUAUGGAAAAUGGUUGUAGACCACCUAAAAGUGGAUUACCAAUGGCCGAUCUCGAAAGGUGGUUGCAGAAUACUUCCAUAUAG